GGGCCAGGAGGGAUUGGAAGUUCUAGCUGAACUUGGGAAGCAGGCUGCUAUCAUGGGAAACCUAGGUAACCUCUAUGUUGAGCGGUACAUGAACAAAAUAUAUAGAUUGCCUCAGCAAACAGGACUUCAAUGGGUCAUGGAGUGUUAUGGUCGUCCCCAAUACUUUUAUAAAAUGUUUCAGAUGAGCACUAAUGUUUUCAUUGCACUUCAUGAUUUGCUUGUCUCUACAUAUGGUUUGACAUCAACCACUAAUGUUUCCUCAAUUGAGUCACUGGCCAUGUUCUUAUGGAUCGUUGGAGGCCCUCAAUCAUUUGCUCAAGUUGAGAACCGCUUUGUACGGUCACUUUGGACAGUUCAUACAAAGUUUAAGGAAGUUCUGUUAUGUUUGCGCAAGUUAGCGAAAGAUAUCAUCAAACCGACAGAUCCUACUUUUAGCUAUGAGCAUGAAAGUAUUAAAGAUGAACGUUUUUGGCCUCAUUUCAAAGGUGCUAUUGGUGCAAUAGAUGGAUCACAUGUGCCAGUUUCAGUACCAGCGGAUGAUGCGGUUAACCAUAGAUGUCGGCAUGUUUUUACAUCUCAGAAUGUGCUUGCAAUAUGUGACUUUCACAUGAGGUUUACCUUUGUGGUUGCGGGUUGGCCGGGUUGUGCACAUGACACAAGGAUCCCAAAUCAUGCAUUAUCACAUUUCUCUUCAUUUCCCGUACCUCCCAAAGGGAAAUAUUAUCUUGUGGACUCUGGAUAUCCAAAUCGAACGGGAUACCUUGCUCCUUUCAAGGGGAGUACAUACCAUCUACUGGAAUUCCGUCUUUGUCGUGACCGUCCACCUCAAGGGAAGUAUGAGGUGUUCAACUUUCUACAUUCAUCCCUUCGAAAUGUUGUUAAACGUACUUUCGGGGUGCUCAAGCAGAAGUGGCACAUAUUGAAAGGAGUCCCAAGUUUCUCACCUCGUACAUAGAAGCAUAUCAUCAUUGCUUGCAUGGCAUUGCAUAAUUUCAUUCGUGAUAGCAAGUUGCGUGACAAUUUUUUUGAUAAAUGUGAUGUCGAUGAUGAGUAUGUACCUCCAGUGCUACGGCGAGAGGUGGCACCAACACAAACCGAUCCGGUUGAAGAGGAGGAGAACGAAGAAAGCAUGAACAAUAUUCGUAGUAGGAUAGCCGAUGCUUGUCUAGCGAUGGCAACAUAAGUUCAGCUAUGUUGACAGAGGUCAUCAUCAUGUGAACCAUAUGUGUUUUGUAUGGUGCAUGUGUUUUGUAAUAAUAUUAUGGGAUCACUAUA